AUGGAAAUCGAUGCGCGGAUCAAAGCCUACAAAUUUGUGGCCUAUUCGGCUGUCACAUUUUCUGUUGUUGCAGUUGUUUCCAUUUUCAUAACUUUGCCAAUGGUUUAUAAUUAUGUUAACAAUGUCAAAAGACAAAUUCAUACUGAUGUUAACUUCUGCAAAGGUGAGUUUCUUACAGAAUGUGACUAUGACGUGGCUUUUUGAAAACCUGUUUUUAGGAUCCGCCAAAGAUAUCUGGUCUGAGGUUCAUUUGAUCAAGGACUCUCCAGCUAAUAACACUCGUAUUGCUCGUCAAGCUUAUAACACUGGAUCAUCGGGAGGUGGUGGCUCAUCUGGAGGUGGCGGAAGCUGCUCUGGAUGUUGUAAUCCUGGUCCACCAGGACCUGGAGGAAACCCAGGAAAACCUGGAAAACCAGGAAAGCCUGGAGCACCAGGAGCCCCAGGAAACCCAGGAAAGAGUGCUGGAGCUCCAUGCGAGGCUGUCACUCCCCCACCUUGUCAACCAUGUCCAGGAGGACCACCAGGACCCCCAGGGCCAGCCGGACCUCCAGGUCCUCCAGGACCAGAUGGAAACCCAGGAAGCCCAGCUGGACCAGGAACUGCCGGACCACCAGGCCCACCUGGGCCACCAGGACCGGCUGGAGGAGAUGGAGCCCCUGGACAACCAGGAGGACCUGGACAACCUGGAGAAUCUUCGGAUGGUGGAGCUGGAGCACCAGGACCUGCAGGACCUGCAGGAGCACCUGGACCAGCUGGGCCAGAUGGAACACCAGGAAGUGGAGGAGCUGGAGCACCUGGGCCAAAGGGACCACCAGGACCAGCUGGAGCCCCAGGAGCUGAUGGAAAUCCAGGAGGACCAGGAACUCCAGGAAAAUCAGGAGGAGAAGGAGAAAAGGGAAUUUGCCCCAAAUAUUGCGCCAUCGAUGGUGGAGUCUUCUUCGAAGAUGGAACACGAAGACGUUAA